GCAGAGAGGGGGAAGAGGAAGGGGUAUUGUUAGUGGAGCCUAUCACUAUGAUAGUGCCGCCAGAGUUGCAGGAUGUGCCGGAAACAGUGGCGUCUGAGAGCAGCGCCAGUUCCAGUGCCAGCGACAAUGGUGGCGACCACCCUAGUGCAUCGUCCAGCAGCUCGUCUACUAAACAGACGCCAAGCCGCGAGGAGGGGGUAGGGGAUGUUGCGAGUCCUGUCUCAAAUCGGCCUGUAAUGGAUGAAUGGGAGAGCAGAGCCAUCCCGAGCAGGUUGAGCAAUUUGCGAAAGGCGCCGAAGGACCUGCCCGCCGGAUUCAAGUUCAAGGCUGCACUUCACCACGAAGUAGCAGAUUGUGCGCCCUCCAUAAGUGGGUAUAAAAGGCUGGAGGAGAUGGUGAGGGCGUACCACAUCCCCAAGACCAUACUGCUGCGGACGGGCGAGCAGAACGAAAGGGCAUGCACAGUGUCACCGACGGGCUGGAUACCAGUGUAUGCGGACCACUUCGACGCCGGCCUGCGGUUUCCUCUGCCCGGCUUGAUAUUCGAUCUGCUCGCGGAAUAUGAGCUGGCGUUGACGCAGCUAACGCCCAACAGCAUAAGGUUCAUUAUUGGCUUUAUGCUGUUGUGUGCACGACUAGAGGUACCAGCCAAAGCGAUAGUGUUCAAAUCGCUAUUCCAGUGCCGGCUGUGUCCGAACUCACAAGGAGUGAGGUGGUAUUACCUCUCUGGGAGGGAUAAGAGCCAACUCUUCAAAAAUGUGAGGAACAAGGUGGCGAGGUGGAAGAGACAGUUUAUUUUUGUUCGCGACACGCGAGCAGAAGGGAUAAGCAACGACCUCGCUGCCCGGCUGUCUGAGUGGCGCACACCAAACGCCCACAUCAACUACCCCCAGCUGCUGCCCCGGGAUGUCGAUCUGAAGAACCAACUGCUUCAGUAUGCGCAGGGGGAGGGUUUCAUAGAUUUAGAAGCCCUGGUUACCUCGGAGCAGCUCGCCAUGUUCGGGUUUGUCGAUGUGACAAACCUGUUCAGCGAAGGUAUAUUUUCAUCAUGUAACCUAGAUUCUAGCCGAGCUGAGGCUUAUGCAUUUGUUUGUGCAGGUGAAAUGAGCAGCAUACUGGAACGUCAACGCCAACGUGCCCAGAGCUCCCGAGGCCGUGGGGCGAGCAGCGCGCAGCCCCGGCAAACACGAUUUGACGAGCGGCCACCCCCAGCGCCUCAAUCACGCCGCUCGUCGCACCGGGGAUCUAGCUCGGCUUCAAGGCCACGAGCAGAGCAUCGAGCUGAGGCUUCAGCUCCAAGUGAGCGCAGGCGCGCGCGCGAGGAAACGGAGAGUGAAGAUGACGUCCCCCUCACACGACGCAGAACGAGCAGGGGGACUCAGCCCGCCGAGGUGACUCGUCCUGUGGUCGUGCACUCCCCUACCUCGCGGGCAACGGCAGAGCCUGCUUCUUCUACAGCCUCCGUGUGGGGCCCCAGGAUUGCUUAUCCUGAGGGCUUCAGCUACAUAAGGGCGGAGUGCCAGCCCGCCAUGGUGCAAGCCAUGCACAGCUUCGUGCCACCUAUGGAUAAUAAGCGGGCGAAGGCUUUUGUGCAGCAGCAUGGCGGGCAGGUGGCCAUGGUAAAAUUGAUGGAUGCGUUCAGCUACGCGGUAGCACUGUACGAGAGCGAGCAGGCGGCUCGUACAGAGAACACCGAGCUCGGUUCGAAGUGCAAACAGCUGGCCGCGGAGAAAGCUAGCCUUGUAGACGAUGUGAAUCGUCUGCAAGGCUCUGAGAUGGCGAACCAAGCUGCGGCUGCGGAGAGCCGGGCAGAUGAGCUCGCCAACAGAAACAACGAUCUCAAGGAGGAGCUGGAGCGCGCCCGUGCUGAACGGGAAAGUGGGAUCCAGGCAGCUAAGGAGGAAGCCGCCCGGGUUGAGGAGUGGGCUAGGAAGGCUGAGGCCGACCGGGACCGUGCUCAAAAUGAGCUAAGCUCCUUCAAGAAUCAGGUCGCUGAAGCUGCUCGGAACCUGAACGCAGCUGAGGAGGCAUUGAAUGAGUUGAAGGCCACUCAUGGGCGCUCCGUCGCGAUGGCGCGCGCCCAAGGCGCGAAAUGGCUGGCGGGCUCGGCCGUUUUUCAAGACGCAGUGGCGGUGGCGUCUGCGAACGUAACCACGGAGAUCUACAAUGAGAUCCGUGGGAAGGUGCUGCACCACCGCCCAGAUUUUCCAAUCCGCGAGCUGGUCUUCUUCGACGAGGAGGAGCUUGACGAGCAAGGUAAGAGCCUUGCUCCCCUCGUUGACACAAGUGUGAGGCUGAGGUGGGACUUGAACGAGGAGGGCCUGCCCGUCUGGCCACCGUCCGUGCUAGAGAACGGGGAGGAUCCGGCAAGACUGCCCUCCUUUGACGCCUGGGUGGAGGGUGCUCCUGUGGCUGAGCAGGAACCUUCAAGCACCCCACCCAACUCUCAGCCCGUUGUGGUGCCAGUCAGCUCGCCUGCCAACGCACCAGCCUCCGAGCCCGCUGCCCGAUCUCCUUCAUCUCGCUCUCCUACGGUUGUUGCUGAUGCAUCCAUGCCCGUCGAUCUGACGGAUGACUAGGCUUAGGACUUUUUAUUUCACUUUUUGUAUUUUUGCUAUGGCAUUUUUUGUAUUUGAUCAACCAGAUUCUGAUCGUAUGUACUUUUAAUUUAAUAUCAUUGAUGAAAUACAAAGAUGGAUUUCCU